UAUAGAUUGUAAGAAGAGGUUUUCUUACCACAAGGGCAUGCGGUCAACUAGUAACACAAAUGGCAGCAGAAGAAGCCACAUGUGAGUUCCUUCGAAGCGCUACAAUGGCGAGCGCAAAACUUGCAAUUGCCAAUCACUUUAUACAUACUCUUCUCAACGGUUCCCCCUUCUCUCUAUCUCUAUUUUGGUCUUGGUUUUUCUGCUCUUAAUCUUCUCCCUUUGGCACAACACCAUUUGUUUCUUUCUGUGCACGCCACCAGCUAACACAUAUCACCACCCUUUUUCAUUUGCUCGCAAAACAACCUCUUCUUCUGAUCUGUGUUGUGUUUCUCACGGUUUCCUUGAGUGGAGUAGGUUUUAUUUAUUUUCUUUCUCGGAUCAAGUGCGAACCACGUUUGGAAUAGUUUUUUCUUCUUGUGUGAUCAUCUGGGGUGUGGUUUAAAAAUGGCGUAUGUGGCGGUUGUUUGAACAGUUUUAUAGAAGCUUCUGGCAUAAGGGACAAAUAAAUCUUUAAGUUUUUUGUUUGGUCGUGGUUGUGGUUGUGGUUUGAUUGAUGUUAUGGGACAAGGACAGGUUUCACGUGUGAGGCAGCUAUAAUGAGUGGUGUUGGUGGUGGGUGCCCCUGCCCCAGGGGCAAUAGUGAGUGUUCCAUGGAAGAUCUGAAUGGUGAUACGGUGGGGAAUUUGAAUCAGAAUGCUGCAAAACCUCCAAGGGACCAUUCGGUUAUGCGCCAUUGCAGCAGCUCUUCUUGGUCUGCUGAACCGGAAUCAAAUAUUAAUAUUGUUGGACUUAAAUCAAGCACAGAAGAAAAACCAGACUUUUUAGUUGUAUUGCGAUCUGGAUGUUGUUCUGACAAAGGACCAAAGCAAUACAUGGAGGAUGAGUUCAUAUGUGCUGAUAUUCUUAGUGAAUGUGUCGAUCUAAGGGAAGACCUCCCUUCUCCUGCAGCAUUUUAUGGGGUAUUUGAUGGCCAUGGUGGUGUUGAUGCAGCAUCAUUUACCAGAAAGAACAUUCUCAAGUUUAUUGUUGAAGAUGCUCAUUUCCCGUGUGGAAUUAAGAAAGCAGUUAAGUGUGCAUUUGUGAAGGUUGAUCUUGCGUUUAGAGAUGCUAGUGCUCUUGAUAGUUCUUCAGGCACCACCGCUCUAAUAGCCCUUAUGUUGGGAAGUUCCAUGCUUAUUGCCAAUGCAGGAGAUUCACGUGCUGUAUUGGGCAAACGGGGCAGAGCCAUUGAACUUUCCAAAGACCAUAAACCAAAUUGCACAUCUGAAAGACUAAGAAUUGAGAAACUGGGUGGUGUCAUCUAUGAUGGAUACCUCAAUGGCCAACUAUCGGUGGCGCGUGCUCUUGGAGAUUGGCACAUCAAAGGUUCUAAAGGUUCCAAGAGUCCCUUAAGUUCUGAACCUGAACUGGAGGAGAUUGUGCUGACAGAAGAAGAUGAGUUUUUGAUAAUCGGUUGUGAUGGAUUGUGGGAUGUGAUGAGUAGCCAAUGUGCUGUUACAAUGGUGAGGACGGAGCUCAUGCAGCACAAUGAUCCCACCACAUGUGCAAAAGUACUUGUUUCUGAGGCCCUCCAACGCAACACGUGUGACAACCUGACAGUUGUGGUGGUGUGUUUCUCCAAAGAUCCACCUCCUAAAAUUGAAAUUCCUAGAUCAUAUAGGAGGAGGAGUAUUUCUGCUGAGGGCCUUGAUCUUCUCAAGGGAGUUUUGAAUGGUAGAUGAAUAAAACUCGUUACUGAUUUGUACAGAUUAUUGAGUAGGGUGUUCUUGAACAUUGUUGCUUGUUUAAAUGUCAAUAAUAAUGUUACACAACUUUGUAACAAAUCGAAUUUUGGAGUA